AAACAUUUUGCGGCGAGUUCGCAAAAUCUGGGACGCGUCCUGAGCAUUGGGUAUUCUGAAAGACACAAAUAUUUAUAUAAAAAAAAUCUGUGCUAUUUACGAUCUUACCAUGUCUACCCUUGAUAUAAUAUACCUAUUAAUACUUGUGUUGAGCAUUCAAUAUGGAUUUUUAAUAAAAAGAGUUAAUAGUAUUUUGAAAAAGAAGAUAUUAUGCCUCAUGGCUGGUUUAGUAAUAGUUUUUUUGUUAGUUGGAAUUAAUGGGGCUGUUCAUUCAUUUUCUACUAUUACAAUCAAUUUUUUUAUACUUAAAAUAUUUGGUUAUAGAAACUGUCAUUCUGUAUCAGUACUGUUUACUUUUACAUAUUUACUUUUUUUCCGAACAUGUGAAUAUUUUGGUUUUCCGAAACCUCCUCAGCACUCUAAUGCAAUUCAACUUUUGGUUACAAUUAGAAUGAUCAGUUUUGCAUUCGAACAUCAUGAUAGUUUAAUUAAAAUUGAGAAAAAGGAAGAAAGACAUAAAACUUGUAUCUCUGCUUUAGAUGUUUUUACAUAUGGUUACUGUUACAUUGGAUUAAUGACUGGUCCUUUUUACACUUAUAAAACAUUCACAGACAUGUUAAAGCAAGAUGGUAAUAAGAUAAACACUGUGUGGCCAACAAUUAUGAACCUAAAAUACUUGCCUAUAAUAGUUGCAAUUUAUCUUUUUUUGAACAGUUACUUCCCAGCAAAUUAUUUAGAAAAUGAUGAAUGCCUAAAACAUGGUUUUCUUUAUAUUGCGUUUAUCUCUGUUGUUACUUUUAUGUGGUUCCGCUGGCGGUUCUACAUCGGUUGGCUUUUAGCAGAAUCAAUGUGCAUAUCUUGUGGGUUGGGUGGAUAUCCUAAACAUUUAGUUUGUAAACCAGGUGUUGGGCCAACUGGAGAAAUUAUUGAUUCAAGAAAUUUAUCAAUUCAUUCAGCUGAUAGUUACAACUUUGACACAAUUUGCAAUAUCAGCAUUAGUGGUGUUGAAUUUUCAACUUCCUUCCAAGCAGCAUUGAGAAACUGGAACAUGACCAUUCAGUGGUGGAUGAAAGAGUAUGUUUACAAACGUUUGCCUUUUCAUUCUCGUGCACUGAAGAUUGCUGUUUCAUUUUUUGUAAGUUGCUACUGGCAUGGCAUUUACAGUGGAUAUUACUUAACCGGUAUUUGUUAUGUAUUUGCCAUUGUAACUGAUGUUCGAUUGAGUCACUCAAUAAGCAAAUACAUUAGAACAGAUUUCCAAAAGAUUUUAUGGCUAACAUUUAAGCAAGUGUAUGUAUAUAGUGCAACUGCGUUUAUGUUUGUACCUUUUCAUUAUUUGACUUUUGACAUUAGUUUAAAAAUUUGGGAAGCGAUGUAUUAUUGGGGUCUUGUUUCCAUGGUAUUUUUAAACAUAGUUGCAUCAUUAAAAAUGUCUUGGAUUGAUUUUGUAUAUUUGCUUCUUUUAAUCUUAUGUAUUCCUUAUGGACAUCUUGUUAAGCUAUCAGGUAGUGCCUUCAAUAAAAAGCUUAUGUGUCUUGGAGGUGGUUUAUUAAUUAUAUUCCUUCUUGUUGCUGAAAGCAGCUGGCAUUCUGCUGUUACUAUAUUUGGAAAUUAUCUUAUAAUAAAAGGGUUUGGGUAUAGGUAUUGUCGAAUAGCAUCAUUUGUAUUUACAUUUGGAUACUUAUUUUUUUUCCGAAUAUGUUCUUAUCUUGGUUUGCCUGAUCCAGAUGGUCAAUCAAAUGCCCUUCAAUUACUUGUUACACUUCGUAUGGUGAGUUACUCGUUUGAAUACCAUGAUUAUGUAAGUAAAAAAAUAUCAGAAGAAAAAAAAGAUGAUAAAAAAUUUGACUUCACAUUGUUUGAUAUAUUCACAUAUGGGUAUUGUUAUAUUGGACUGAUGACAGGCCCUUUUUAUACUUUUAAAACAUUCAGUGAUAUGUUACAUCAAGAUGGUUCAAAAGUUUCUACUGUCUGGCCAGCAGUUAAAAACUUAAAACAACUACUUUUUUUGGUUUUACCAUAUUUGCUUCUGAUAGAAUAUUUUCCCUUGAGUUAUCUUGAAAGUGCUGAAUGCUUGAAUCAUCGCUGGGGAGUGUUGCACAUAGUAUUGGUAUUAGUGCCAACAUUUACAUGGUUUCGUUGGAGAUUUUACAUUGGUUGGUUGUUAGCUGAGAGCAUGUGUAUGACCAGUGGGUUAGGAGCAUAUCCAUUUGAGUGUAAAGCAAAACCAGGUUUGGGUCCAACCACUGUGCCAACUCAGAAUAAUGAAGAAACCUUGAUAAGGGAACAGAAUGAUUAUAGUGAUACUCACAGUUUUGAAACUAUCCAUAACAUUUCUAUUUAUGAUGUUGAGUUUGCUCCAACGAUGCGUUCGGCAAUGAAAGUUUGGAAUAUGACAGUUCAAUGGUGGAUGGCGAACUAUGUUUAUCAGAAACUCACUUUUAAAUCGUCACAAUUAAGGAUGUUUGUGCUGUUAUUUGUAAGCGCUUUUUGGCACGGCGUUUAUCCGGGGUAUUACUUUACUUUCAUAUCUGUUGCUUUUGUUGUGAUUGCUGAAACACGCAUGUCAAACUCAAUUAAGCCAUAUUUGACGGAUUCUCAAAAGUAUUAUUGGGAUUGGAUAACAUGUUUCUGUUUAUACAGAUCGUUUGAGUAUCUUGGAGUUGCAUUUAUGUUAUUAAAGUUAGAAUCGAUCUGGAGCGUAUGGAGAAGAAUGUACUUCAUUGGACAUGCUUUUAUGUUAUUUUUUAUAAUAUUGCCAGUAUUUAUACCAAAAAAUAAACACAUUCCUAAAACAUCUAAGAGUCAAUAAUUUUAUUUUAUUUAGGUAUUUUUUUGACAUAUCUAAAUGAUAUAUUGCUGGUUUUGAUUUUAAUUUUCAGGGGGUUUUUCAUGUAAAUUUCUAAAAGUUUGUUUCAAAACUACAUUAUCUAACAUUAUAGUCAGGUGAUUAC